AUGGUUCAAAUUGCCAGAACCAUCACAUUUGACCUAUAUACUCACCGACUCCAAUCAUUAUUCCGUAUCGGAAGUAAAGAUGCAAGACCAUAUUGCUUUGGUAUCAAGGCACUAUAUACCAGUCACUCGAUAUCUACAAUGAUGGAGUGCCAGAACAUCAUUGGUAAUUGUGAUGUUGAUAUUGUCCAUACUGAUCGUACUUUGAAUAUGAUACAAUUUGCCAAUUUGGUCAAUCUAUUCCAUCAGAGAGAUGUCAAGAGGUCCAAGGAGCUCAUGUCCAGACUGGAUAGAAUGCCAAAGAACUUCAAAGACCUUGACACAGUACUCGAGUAUGCUGGUACCUUGGCCAUCAAGGCAUCAGUUGCUCACUUGGAGUACACCAUGAUUCGUGAGCUGGCCGAGAUAUCUACGACCCAUACAUCACCAAUCAAUCAACUCGUGUUGCUGGAUGCCCUUACCAAACUUCAAGAUGAUAUGGGAUGGAUGGUGGCUCACCAACUCAUCAAUGAGGACAUGGCCAAUCAUAUUCCGUUCAUGAUUGUUGAUUUGUCCACGACCCUGUCCACACACAUUGUCGACAUUGUUGAAGCUUUGCGUUAG